GUGAGAAACUUAGGGUUCAGUUUGGGUGGCAUUUUGAUUAGUGAAGAAGAAGAGAGAGACAGAGAAAGGCUGGGGAGAAUCGGGAGGGCCGGCGGCUUCGAACAGAGGCGACAGGGGACCCGCUCUGAUCGUGAACCCUGUCUGCCCCGAGUCCAAAAAAGGAUUGGUAGAAUUUAUGAGCACGAUAUCCCGAUUACCUAGACAGGUACGCAAACGAUAUCGAAAUCCUGCCCAUUGCUCAUGUGUCUAUGCAUAUAUCCAUUGUCUGUGCGUGUAUCAUGUCCCUCUCUCUCUCCUCUCCCUGUUAACUUUUCUCUCAUUUUGUGUGAAUUUUUCAUUCGUUGGAUUGUGGUGUGGUUCGAGCUCGAUGGAUCGUUCUCGUCUGCUUGUGGCGUUGCUUCUGCUUGGACAGGCUUUUAUAGUGAUAAAUGCUUAUCAAGGCCAAGAUGAUUAUAAAUAUUGUCAACGCACUGUAAAGAAGUGGGCGAUCUCUUCUGCUGUUGAUUUGGAAGUGAAGGAAAACGAACAUAAAUUGCAUGAUCUACUCUUUUUCCUUCACAUCCCUAGAACAGGGGGAAGAACAUACUUCCAUUGUUUCUUGAGAAAGCUGUAUCCCACCUCUUCGGAGUGCCCUCGUUCUUAUGAUAAGUUGCGCUUUGACCCAGGAAAAACAAAUUGCAGGUUACUUGUUACUCACGAUGAUUACAGCAUGAUGUCCAAACUCUCUCGGCAGAGAACUUCAGUAAUCACAAUACUUAGGAACCCAAUUGAUCGUGUUUUUAGCACUUAUGAAUUUUCUGUAGAGGUUGCGGCUAGAUUUUUGGUUCACCCUAAUCUAACAUCUGCUACAAGAAUGGCGGCACAUCUACGUUCAAAGACAAAAGGAGUCAGUACAUUGGAUAUUUGGCCAUGGAAGUAUUUAGUGCCCUGGAUGAGAGAGGACCUGUUUAAUCGGCGAGAUGUUAGAAAGCAAAGGUCCCCACCUUAUUCUAGAGGAAGUGAUCCAUACAGCAUGGAAGACAUUGUAAUGCCACUACAUGAAUAUAUCAAUGAUCCUAUUGCUCGGGAUAUCAUCCACAAUGGAGCUACUUUCCAGAUCGCAGGAUUGACAAACAACUCGUAUCUGGAUGAUUCACAUGAAGUGCGACACUGUGUUUUGAGGCAUCCGGCUCUUGGUAAAUAUGUGCUCGAAGUUGCAAAGAAUAGACUGAAGAGUAUGUUGUAUGUCGGACUUACUGAAGACCACCGAGAGUCUGCAACCACAUUUGCAAACGUGGUUGGUGCGCAAGUGAUAUUGCAGUCAUUGGCAUCCAAUCAUUCAGAUCCUGCAGAUUAUAAUAAAUCAGAAGAUGAAAUUUCUUUUCCAGAUUCAGUCUCGAAUACUAGCCAUCUUCUGAAAACAAGCGCAGACCUGAAACCUAGUGGAAUCCUGGUGCCCCAAAAUAAUGAGACGACUGAUGAAAAUGUUAAGCUUACGACUGUUGGAGAACUAAUGGAAGCCUAUGAGUCAUGUAUUUCUAGCUUAAGAACAACUCAAGCACGACGUCGGACUACUUCUUUAAAGAUGAUCACCCCAGCAAACUUUACUAAGGAGGCACGUCGUCGGCUUCCUGAUGUACUUAUACAGGAGAUUAAAACGCUUAACAGCCUGGAUAUGGAGCUUUAUGAAUAUGCUCGGAAUAUAUUCUCAAACCAACAACACAAAAAAUUGGAGCAAAAGGAGGAAGUUGCUGUGUCUAAGGAAGAGGUGGAGGAGGAGAAGAGCAUAUUCUAUUAUCCUUAUGUUGGCCCGUCAUGGAACAUUCUCUGGUUAGCUGUGUCUAUUGUUCUGCUCCUUUUCUUCGCGUUAUUGUUUGUAAGUGCAAGAAGAAGAAAACGAAGAACACUUAAACUAAAAAAUAUAAAGGGAACUGCAUUUUAUGGCAGUAUCCCACCCGGAAGGACUAGGGAUCAUUAAGUUCUUAAAUUAGAAAAGAAAGAAAGAAAUAGAACCUAAGACUGAUAGGAAACCCCCCCUCCUCCAUUGCCAUUUUGUCUGGGCAAUUUUGUGGAGUUGUUGAUUCAUAAAACACGAAUCUAAAAUCGGGUUAUCUCGUUCUGUCUUACAUUUGUAUAAGGUGGUAUAUUUGAAUAUGUUAAAAUUUCUAUGUUUCUUAUUUGAAAUGAUUAUGUGAUGAAGUAUUUUUCUUCUUUAUACA